AGCAAAAGAGAAGAAAAUUUUCCAAAACGGAUCGAAAUUUCAGGUCGGAUUUGUUUGUGCAAUCGUGUCUGGUGAUAAAUGUGAUAAAUUUAGUGCUAAAAUCGUGUCCGUUUCUACUAAAACUUUGCAAUAAUGCCUGAGGAAUCCAAGUCGGAGGGCGAAAUCGAAAAUGUUCGGGUUGUGGUCCGGGUUCGGCCGAUGGACAAAAACGAACUCGAUUCCGGCUCCCAGAACAUAAUCAAAACGGACAAAAGCAACCGGUGCAUUACGGUGUACAAGCCGAACGCCAACUCGAGCGAACCUCCGAAGGUAUACUUCUUCGACAAUGUAUUCGGCGAGGAAUCGACUCAGAUUGACCUGUACGUCGACACCGCCCGGCCCAUCGUCGACAAGGUGCUCGAGGGCUACAACGGCACGAUCCUGGCGUACGGCCAAACCGGCACCGGCAAAACGUACACCAUGUCGGGCAACCCGGACUCGCCCCAAACCAAGGGCAUUAUCCCGAACACGUUCGCGCACAUCUUCGGCCACAUUGCUCGCGGCAAGGAAAAUCAAAAGUUUUUGGUGCGCGUCAGUUAUAUGGAGAUUUACAACGAGGAGGUGCGCGACUUGCUUGGGAAGGAGUUCAACAAGAGUCUGGAGGUGAAGGAACGGGCCGACAUUGGGGUGUUUGUGAAGGAUUUGAGCGGUUAUGUGGUGCACAACGCGGACGAUUUGGAUAAUAUUAUGAAGUUGGGGAAUAAGAAUAGGGUUGUUGGGGCUACCAAGAUGAACUCUGAGUCGUCGCGUUCGCAUGCGAUUUUUUCGAUUACGAUUGAGUCCAGCGAGACUGAUGAAACUGGUAAGCAAAAUGUCCGCAUGGGUAAGCUGCAGCUGGUCGAUUUGGCCGGUUCGGAGCGGCAGAGCAAGACUCAGUCAUCCGGGUUGAGAUUGAAGGAGGCGACCAAGAUUAAUUUGUCGCUGUCGGUGCUGGGAAAUGUGAUUAGCGCGUUGGUUGACGGGAAAUCGACCCACAUUCCGUACCGUAACUCAAAGCUGACCCGGCUGCUGCAGGACUCGCUCGGAGGAAACAGCAAAACCGUAAUGUGCGCCAGCGUCAGCCCGGCUGAUUCGAACUACGUGGAGACGAUUUCCACGCUGCGUUACGCUUGUCGCGCCAAGAGCAUUCAGAAUCUGGCCCACAUCAACGACGAGCCGAAGGACGCUCUGCUGCGACACUUCCAGGAGGAAAUCAAGGAACUCAAGCGACAGCUGGAGGAAGGCGUUUUCGCGAAUGGGCUCGGAACCGACGAGGACGAUGAGGAAGAAGACGAGUUGGAUGAGGUGGAGGAAAUUGAGGACGAUGACGAGGAGCAGGAGAAGGAAAAGUCCGAACGGAAGGAGAAGCAUCGUCGGGAGAAGGCCAAGGAGAAGAAGGAAAAGGCCGACGCGGAGAAGGAGCUCAUGGAGAAGAAGGCGAUGGAGAACGAGCAGGAGAUCAGCCGGGCAAAAUCCGAGCAAGACCAACUCCGUGCCAAGCUCUCCUCGCUGGAGAACAAAAUCCUCGUCGGCGGAGAAAACCUGCUCGAGAAAGCCCAAGCCCAGGAGGUGCUGCUGGAAAAGUCGAUCGCCGAGCUGGAGCGCAGCACCAAAACCGAACGCGAGCUGGAGGAAACGCUGCAGAAGAUCGAGGCCGAGCGCAUCGACAUCGAAGAGCGGUACAGCUCGCUGCAGGAGGAGUGCGUCGGCAAGACCAAAAAGCUGCAGCGCGUCAUGUCGAUGCUGAUGGGCAUCAAGUCGGAGCUGGCGGACCAGCAGCAAGAGCAGCAGCGCGAGAAGGAAGGCAUUUACGAGAACAUUCGUAGCCUGUCGCGCGAGUUGGCCCUGUGCGAGCUCGUCAUCAAUUCGUACAUUCCCAAAGAGUAUCAGAACAUGAUUGAAAAGUUCACCCACUGGAACGAGGACAUCGGUGAGUGGCAGCUCAAGUGCGUCGCCUACACCGGCAACAACAUGCGCAAAAACGUGGCCGAGCCCAAAGUCAACACCAAGGAGACAGAUUUGAUCGACCUGUCGCACGUCUAUCUGAGCUACAACACGGACUCGGUGUCGGAGCCGGUACGGGCCAAAACGGCCCGGCCGCGCACCUCCGGGAUAGCGCGCCCAACGACGGCCAGAAAGUACUACUAAAAAAGGAAAUGCCGCGCACUGGCGGCGGCUUUCGGAACGCACAGCUAUUCGUUCACAGCUUGAAAGGAGGCUUAUUUUUUGCUCACUCAAAAUGCACUUAGUAUUUGUUGUACAUUUGUUGCUGAAUAGGUUAAGUCUGUUUGCACCCGGCUUUCACCCAAUUUAUCCCAAUGAAAUCUCUCUCUCUCUUUACAUUCAAAAUAUGUGCAAUUUAUAAACUAGUCCACUACACAACUGAGUCCCAGUGAAAACAUAUAUACAAUUUUCUCAUGCGAUUAUUUCAUCAACGAUUGAUAGGCACAAGGAAUUGUGAAGGAAACAUAACACUUUGAAUAUCGAUAAACUUUGUCGUUGCUUUCCACCAAAUUUGCCUAAAAUAUGUUUUUUUUCUGUUUUGUUUUGUCUUUGUUUAACUUUAUGUAACAUGCACGCUAACAACACUAGUCAACAGUGAACAGUGGUUUAAAUAUUUACUUACACAAGCAUAACGUAGGAAUAAGUAGCAAAAGAUGAAGAA